UUUUUUUUUAUUAAGAUCCAAGUGUUAAUUGUGAAAUUUUACAUGAACAAACUGGUACACCUAUUGCACAAGUAUCACCAUUGAUCAUUGCUUGUUUCGAAGGUGAUAUUGAUAUUAUUAAAUUUUUUAUUGAACAUGGUGCUGAUCCAAAUCAAACCGAAAGUGAACAUCAUUUAACACCCAUUCAUGUGUUAUGUGAUGCUGAAUAUCAUGGACAAAGUUUACGACAAAAAGAUCGAGCUGAAUUAAUUCGUUUAUUAGUUAAACAUGGUGCACAAGUAAACCAUUUAGAUCGAAGUUCAAUGACACCUAUACACAAAGCUGUUAUUCAUGAUCGACCUGAAUGUGUUGAAGCUUUAAUGGAUUCACGUGCUGAUCCAAAUGUUGCAUUUAUGGGUGAUACACCAUUAAGUAUUGCAGCUCGACAUAAUCGAAAAAGAAUAGCUCAAAUUUUACUGAGUCAUAAAGAAACAAAUGUUAAUCAUCGUAAUGAUCAAGGUGGUACAGCACUUCAUUUUGCUAGUGCUGGUAUUGUCGAUAGUCCAGAAUGUGUUGAAUUAUUAUUACAACAUGGUGCUAAAGUUAAUUCACAUGAUUUAAAAAAUAAUACACCAUUAAUGGUUUCUUGUUUUUUUAAUAAACCAAGAAUUUUAGCAACUCUUAUUAAACAUUCGGCUGAUGUUACACCUCGAAAUAAUGAAGGAAAAGACGCAUAUGAUGUAGCUGUUGAGAAAGAAUUUGAUGAAUGCAGAGACAUUGUUGCUAAAGCACUUGAAAAACGUGGUAUUAAACCAGGUCAUAAGCAAUCAUCAUCAUCAUCACAUCAUUCAUCAUCAACUGAUAAAGUAUCUGAAGAUGUUGAAAAAUUAAAAAUUAGAAACAAAUAA